AUGCGAAAAAUUGAGGUUUAUUGGAAUGACGUAAUUAAAGAAUGUAAAAUAAAAGAAGAUAUCUUGGUCUAUGAAGCAGAAGAAGCUUGCAUUCAGGAUGAACUAUCACGUCUUCAGCACAAACUAUCUGAAAUACAAGAAAAAGUAAAAAUGCAAAAUUCAAGUAACCGGGAAAUGGAUGAAGAUUCG